AUGCAGACCUCUCAAGCUGGGACUUGCGCCGACUCUGCCUCCCAGCCAAGCAAGGCGGCUUCCGCGCCGUUGCUGGCAGUUCGUGUGCUGCGCUGUGAAGGGCUGAAGCACACAGGCAUGCAUGCAGUCGAGGUCGAGGUGGGAGGCCAGCGCCGCGUCUCCGGAUGGGCAGAAGGCUGCCAUGACGCAACCUUUGAUUUCUCGUCGACUUUCAGCAAGGUGCCUAGAGACGGAAACGUCCGCCUUUCUGUGUGGCACAAACGCUCCUGGAGAGACGACAAGCGCGUUUGCGACACGUACUUCUCUAUACACUCCCUGUUCUUGGCGCCGGCGCAUGCAUACCGAGGCUGGCUCGGCCUGGAACACAACACCCGAUUUGCGGGGCAGAUUCUCGUCGACUUUAGUCUUUUGCGUAGACGCACAACCGCGGAGAAGGGAGAAGGCGCGAGAACCGUUAAAGCAGGCGACUCGGCGACAGCUGAGCGGGGACACCGCGAGGAGGCGGUCGAGAGACAGAGUGGGGGGAAGGCUGGCGAAGCAGUCGACGAGGGAGACGGAAGAGAAAGCCCGGGCGAAGAGGAUGUGCAGCGCCACCUUGGAGACAGACGGGGAAAGGGAGAGGGCGAAGAGAGGCCGAAUGAAGACGACGUCGAAGGGAGGCAAGCAGAGACAGAGAUUCCGCUGUCUUUGCGCCCGCGUCGCUCCGACCAGGCCGUCUCCUCUGUCAGACGGAACCGCCAACAGCCCACGCAGAGUGCACAGUCUUCUCACAUCUCUCCUUCGCCGUCUUCAGCCCCUCACCCGCCGUUCUGGGCUUCCUCCUCGUCCUGUUCUUCCUCGUCUUCCCGGAAAAGGCGACCCUCGUCUUUAGGCCGAGGGGAGAAGCGAGAAGCAGUAGACGACCAAGGCGAGCGCUCUCGCGACGCUGACGCCCGUUUGCCUUCGCCUCUCUGGUCCGCGAGUUCGCCUGGCGCGGGUCCCCCAGUCGAUCUGCUGUCGCUGGAUGUCGAGAUUCAAAGGCGAACUGAGGAGAGAACGGAGGAGACAGCCGCGCCGCCUUCUCCCGCGUUGUCCGGUGGACCCGCGGGCCACGCCUCGCCUCGGCGGCCCACGCAACAAGUGUUUUCUCCGGCGGCGGCGCGAGACAGAGAAGAUCGCGCAUUUGCACCACCGCACACGAGGAAAGACGAAGCAGCGGAGAGCGCCGAAGACGCAGGCCGGCCCGCAGAUCCAGGCGACGUCUCGCGCGAAACGAAAGGAGAUCGCGAGGCCUUCCUCCUCGCUUCCGACAGCGCACAGGUAGCGACUCCAGAGAAGAAGGCCGAAACACGUGACGCGUGUCUCGGGACUGGACAGCGCGCGCCGGCCGAACAGCCAGCUCUGGAAGGAGUGUCUUCGUCUUCUCAGCUUUCACUUGUGCGAUAUGAGAGAGAAGAGAGAGCGAGAGGAAGAGCGACUGCGACAGGCAGGGCGUGCGAAACUCGCGGAGGCCGGAACCACCUCUUAGCGGAGAGAGCGCGAGAUGGCGCCAGGAGGCAGCAGGCGCGGACGGAAGAAAAGGCUGCGGCGUUCACAGAGCAACAAACUGGAAGUUGGGAGAGGAGAGAGAGAAGACGCGACGGAUCUCGAGGCUCUGCAGGCGGCCAGGAAGACGAGAGAGGACAGAGGGAGGGAGGCGAAGAAUACGGGGCGAAAGACCUUUCGAGAUCAGGAGAGGAGAGGGUGAGAGACUUGAGAUGUGAGCAAGACGCUGAGAAGGGAGCUACGGGUCCGGAGUUGCCGCUGACCGGUCCGAGCGAGAGAGACGAGGACUGUGACGGCCCACGCGUGGCGGAAGCGAGGAAAGGCUGCGAAGAAGCCCGCGCGGAGGAACAAGUCGAGAGACGCGGAGAGCAGACCCCGAGUCUUCCAAGAAAGCACACCGUCCCCCUCAAAGCAAGAGACGCGAGAGACGGACGUGGGACACUGACGCCACGACUGGAGUCUGCAAAGAAGGAACCUGCAGGGGGUGUCCAUGUCUCCUUCGCUUCUGCGUCCUCACCUUGGUCGUUUUCACCUGAUUCGCAACAGGAGCCUCUGCAGUUUUCUCCGGCUGCCCAGACGGCGGAAGAGCCGGCUCCGGUGGAUUCUUUUCUCUCUUCUCUGUCUUCUUUGUCUUCGCGCUCGUUCCCGGCGCGUGACUCGCGUCGGCGUGAACUGAGCGCGUCUCCGGCUGUUUUGCCUGCUGGGACACUCGACACAGCGACUCGCGAGAGAGACUGGAAAGCCCUGGAUGAAAUAUUUUUCGCCGAGUGUUCUUGCGCGAAGCCGCCCGAGGAAGGCCAGCCCGCUGUGGCGGAAGGUGCGGGCGUGCAGAAUCGCCCGUCGGGAGAAUCGCGGGCCGAGCGAGGCUCGGAUUUCCCGGUCGACGCGAGAGCUGUCGCCAACGAAGGGGCGACUGGGGCGUUUUCGAAACAGGACGAGGAUACGUCGGUCCUCGCUGACAGAGAAGAGAGAGGGAGAUCGGCGUGGAGAGACGAGGCAGUCGACAGGGCCGACGAAAGGCGAAGGAGAGACAGCGCUCGAGAGGAGAGAGGAUGGGAGUCAGAGACGCGGAAGAUCGACGGGAGUGAAGAGACUCAGGGCCGCUCUCGCGGCCGGUGGACCCGAGAAGACGCGCCACACGUGCUUCCUCGGCAUCCCCGCAGAAGAUACUCGGCGAAUUCCGAGAACACGCACGUCGGGAACAUCCCAGACGGAGGAAUGGAGAGGGCCCAGGGGGGCGGACGUGUGCGCCGGAGCAGCUCUCCGACUGGUGCCGAGUUUGGAGAGCGCGACGGCGAGAGGAACGCCGGUCGCCGAGGCCUUGAGACGCGCGUGGGUUCACAUCGGGACCGAGGCCGUUUCGGCGCGGGCGCUGUUUCUGGACAGCCUCGGUUUGCAGGCGAGCCCGAAGCCUUCCCGGCGCCGCUGUUUCCUGCGCAAAAGGAGACAGCUUCGACACCCGCACGAGUGUCACCCGCGUCGGGAGGCCUUCCCGUUCGCGAGGCGCCGAUUUUCCCGGCAGAUUUGCCCGCCUCCGAGGCCGGGGAAAACGACAUGAAGCCGAAUCGAGAUUCCUCGGGGAGCGUGGGGGGGCUGCGCGCGGAGGAAGGCGCGCGGCUGGUGUCUCAGGGGCGCGGAGCGAAGGGCCAGCACGGGGAGCGCGGCGAGUGGUUAGAAGACGGGACGCUACGGGCGGCGGAAACCGGUUCCGGUGCGACGUGGGCGGAAGCGCCGAGCGCAGCUGUGAAGACGCUUUCUGAAGAAGAGAAGAAACGCUUCCACCGCGAAGGACUCGUAGAGACCCACAGGGAGACUCGGGCAGCCAACGGGGAUUUCGGACCUCUCCACGCGUAUUCACCGUGGGGCGGAGUCGCCACUAGUCACUCGCCUGCGACAGACAACUUUUUCGCAGCGGCGCCUCUGUCCGAUUCGUCGCCAAAGAUCCAGCAGAUUUCGUCGGGUUCAUCUCCAAAGGCCCAACAGAAUUCGUCGAGUUCGUGGCUUCCUUCCUCUUUUCCAGCGGUGUCCUGGUAUCCGGUGUCGCCUCCGGAACAGACUCACCCGAGCGAGGGCGUGAGGCCGGUCUCGCAGACGGGCGAGAAGAAAGAAGGAGGCGAAGCGGGCGGGGCCUUUUUCCCAGACAGCAGAGAUUCGACAAGUCGAGCGGGGCAUCCGGUGCCUGCCUCGUCGCCUCCUCCGUUUCCUUCUUCCUCAGAUUCUUUCGAGGGCGUGUUCGUGCCUGCAGAGCCUCGGCGCGCACCGCCGGCUCAGGAGAAGAAGUUCUCGCGUCUGCGGUUCCAUCUCGAGUGGCCGAAACUGAAGACCCGAGGGAAGAGAAAGAAGACACAGCCCGAGGCCUCACCGUCCACGGCAGGUGGAGCGUCGCCUUCUCGAAACGCCCCUUCGCAGGACGGACAGCCAGGAGCGCUUGGAAAACCUAAAGAAAAAAGACGGUCGGUCUCUUCUCGCUCCACGUUCUCGGCGCCUUCUUCCUCGACUCGUCGGGUUUCUUCGCCCUCGUUUCCGGCAGAGAGAGACUCGGAACCGCCGCCGUUUCCCCUCGGAGAUCCCGACGCGGUUCGCUCUCGCCGCAGUUCUCGCCGUUCUCGGGCUUCCUCCCUCUCCUCGGCGACUGGCCAGCCUGGCUCGGGACCGCCUCCCGCGUCUGCCGCAGGUUCGCGACGUCCUUCCGUGCCGGUCUUGCCGCCGCCUCCUUUGGAUGUCGCAAAUUUGCAGGUGCGCUCAUACGCGCGAGACCCACUCGCUCCUUCUCUCUCGGCCCUCUCGGCCUCUCCUGCUCCUGCUCUCCACUGGCAGUACCCUCCCGUCGCAAAGGAAACGGUUGCGCCACGGCCAAAUUCGCGAGAAAAAGGUCGAGAGGCUCGAGAAAAAGGUCGAGAGGCUCGAGAAAAAGGUCGAGAGGCUCGAGAAAAAGGUCGAGAGGCGGGAGAAGAGCGGGAGGCGUUGGAGCCAGACGGGAGCGUUGAGUUUCCUCCUUUCUCUCCGCUUGCCCAGGAAGAGAUGGCUUUUGCCCGGCUCGUCUCGGAUCCUGUUUCCACCGACGCGCCCCCGCGGCUGCCUCCGCCUCCGGGGGAUGAGGGCGUUUGUGUGGAGCAUGGCGAGGACGAAGCCGAGAACGGUCAGCAGGGAGACAGGAGGGAGAGGGGAGACAGGGAAGCAGCCCGAACGGCGUUCUCUGUGAAAAAGAAGGGAACCGCGCGCAGGGCGGGCACGUCGAAAAAGACGAGGCGCUCCUUGUUUUCGUCGGGUUCCUUUUCGCAGGGUGAUGCGCUUUUCCCCGAGGCUCCCGCGCCGCACGCCGCUCCUCUCCCGCUCUCUCCUUUCCUUGCGCCCGCUGGUUGGACAGAGAGCGGUCCGUCACCUGUUGCUGCGCCCGUCCUCCUGUCUCCAUCGCACUCUUCUGGAGGUUGCGCCUCGGGCCGUGAAAAAAAGGACUCGCCUCCUGCGCCGCUUCGAUGUCGCGAGAGGUCGAGUCCUGUCGGAGAAAGCCCUCCGUUUCUCGGCGGUUCAGAGGGAAGAUCCAAGCGAGAGGAGCGAGAAGGUCACUUUUUCUCGGCGCCUCCCCGGACCCCGACUCUGGCCAUGCCCGUCAGGCCUCCUGAGAACGCGCUGCCGGACAGACGGCCGCUCCCGCCGCUGUCUCCGGAGGCGAGGCGACGGCGGAGGCACGGGUCGGCGGCCGAAGACAGGUUGGAAGCAGGCGCAGGGGAAGAUGUGCAUGUCAGAACCGGAGCGAAAAUGAGGGAGCCCCGCCCGGUCGGGCUGCCAGGCGGUCCCUAUGCGGACAGGAGACGCCACGGCGAACUUGCGAGACGACACGGAGACGCUAGCUUUGUGUCUCGAGAACACCAGACGAUUCUGAGCCGAGCUCCUGCCGCAAACGAGGGAGGCAAGAAGAGAGGGGACUGGGCGCAUGCAGUGCAGCCGGCCUCGCCCGGUUCUGCUGUCUCUUCUGCGGAACCUCCCGCCCCAUACCGUCCGUCUCUCAGCGGUCAUCCCCUCCUCGGGUAUCCAGCUGGCCGCUCGCCGUUCGGUCCUGGGUCGCCAGGCCCCGAGUCGUUUCGUUUUCCCGCCUUUCCUUCUCACCCUCCGUUCCCUUCUUCAUGCCCGCCUGCCUACCCUGCGACUCCACAUCCGCCGGCGCCGAUGCUUCGCUCGUCUUGUCCCCUCUCUGGGGCUCGUCCCUUCUUCUCUUCCUUUUCCUCCCCGUCCUCGCCGUUUGUCUCCUCGGCGUCGGCGUCGCCGUCGGGGGACGCGACCCUCCAGGCGUGGCGAGAGAGUGCAGGCGUGGAGUGUCGAAACAGCGCAGCCGUCGCACCUCAGAUGCAGGUCGAGCCGAUUCUUCCCGCGCCGUCUGGGGACGGCAAAGCAAACUCGCCUUUCGUCUGCUAUUCAGGCGGCAACUGCGCAUCUGCCUCGCCCUUUGCUACCGCUGGUGCCCCGUUGAGUUCUGGCUUCGCCGGGGCCCCAGGGUCGGAGCGGAAUCCGCAGGGGACGCAGAGUCGCAAUCCCUUUGUGCUCUCCGAAUCGCCUCGAACGUUUCCGCCGCCGCGUUCCUCGUUCUCUGCCCCGGUCUCGUCGCUUCCUUUCUCGCCGUCUUCCCCGCCUCCCAGAACCUUGCCUGUCUUCUCUCCUCGCCCUGUCUCUGCUUCUGCCGCUUUUCCCGCUCAUCUUGUCUCGCAUUCGCCCUUUGCGGCAGCCUCCGCCUCUCCGGGAGGAGUUCAUGUGCCGGGGGAACGACCGCCUGGCCCGUGGACCAGGGGGUUGGCGUCCCAGAGCGACGGGGACGUGGACCGCAAUCCCUUUGCGCGGUUUGGGCCGGGGGCCAAGAAAGGUUCUCACUCAGUCCCCCAACCGCCCCUUGCUUCGUCUGUGGCUGUGGCGUGCGCCGCCUUGCGUGCACCAGGCGCAGCGGGGCCGGGAAUGCCUUUUUCCAGUUCUGCAUCUUUUCUCUCUCUUCAGACACCGCAGGGUUCUUCGCCUCCCUCGUUUCCCUCUUCGUCCCCAGCUUCGGCCUCUUCCUUCUCUUCUCCGUUCUCGUCUUCGUCUCGCUUGGUCAAAGCUUCCGGCCAACAGGGUGCGGGUUCAGCGUCGUCGUCUGGGGCGACCGAGGCGCGAUCCUGUGAAGCUGAGAAGACUCCGCGAGAGGCCGGCGAAGCGCAGACACCCCAGGCGGCGCAGCAAGGACGAGGACGGCGCGUGGGUGAGCAGCCAACCCUGGUGGAGAGACCUGACCCACAAGACGCCAGAGGCAGUGGAGCUGAAGAUGGACCCACGCGAGGGAGACAGAGAGAGAGGAGCGUGAACGAGGAUGCGAAACUGGGAGAUGGAGUGGAGAUGCCCAUUCAGGCCCCGCGCUUCCCUUCGCCCACCCCCCAUUGA